CGCACACGUGCUUUCGAAGUCAGACAUAACGUGUAGUUAACGUGCAGGCUGACGGUACCGUGUUCUUGCUCAGGUGAAACACACUUGUCCUCCGUGAAGCGAGCGCCGAGAGGACACAUUUUUAUCCAUCCUUUCAAACGCUAAUCUAAAAUUAUGGCUGAUACUGAAGUGAAUCCCAAGGCCUACCCUUUGGCCGAUGCUACAUUGACCAAAACGAUCCUGGAUCUGGUGCAGCAAGCAUCCAAUUAUAAGCAGUUAAGAAAAGGAGCGAACGAAGCCACCAAAACUCUGAACCGUGGGAUUGCUGAGUUCAUCGUGAUGGCUGCCGACGCUGAGCCCCUGGAGAUCAUUUUGCAUCUUCCACUCCUCUGUGAGGAUAAGAACGUGCCAUACGUGUUCGUGCGCUCCAAGCAGGCUCUCGGGCGCGCAUGUGGAGUUUCAAGGCCCGUCAUUGCCACAUCUGUCACCAUCAAGGAGGGGUCUCAGCUUAAGCCCCAAAUCCAGUCUGUGCAGAUGGCUAUUGAGAGACUGCUGGUUUGAUUAAUUGAAGUCCUGGCACGAUAACAUAA